AUGGCACCAAAUCAAAUCCCUUACCAAGUAAAAUUGAAAACAUGUCUGAGAAUGUGUAUACAAUAUCUGAGGUAUGCUCAGGAUAAACAACAGGCUCUGGCCAAACAAUAUAGAAGAGAUGUGGCACAGUUAUUAAUGAGUAAUAAAGAACAAAAGGCCCAUUAUCGUGUUGAAUCACUGAUCAAUGAUGACAUUCAUGUUGAACUUCUGGAAAUACUGGAAUUAUACUGUGAGCUAUUGUUGGCAAGAGUAUCGAUACUGACUAGUAUUCAAGAUGAGGUUGAUCUUUUAACGAAUCAUAUAGAAGACGGUAUAAAUGAAGCAGUAAGGGCAUUAGUUUAUGCCUCACUCCAUGCUAGUGAAGUUAAAGAGUUGGGUCAAUUACGUGACUUAUUAACUUAUAAAUUUGGGCAAGAUUUUUUGAAAGUCAUUUUGGAGGAAAAAGUCGGUGUUCCUGAUAAAGUUCUAAAGAAAUGUUCACCAAACCUUCCACAAGAUGAUCUUGUAAUGCUCUAUUUGAAGGAAAUUGCUCGCACAUAUGAUGCGCCAUAUAGUCAAUUAUCUGAUGAGGAGGAGGAAGAGGAGGAAGAGAGGGACGUUGAGACUUCUGAUGAGGAAGAGGAAGAAGGUGAGGAUAAAAGUGAAGGAGAUGAUGUUCAUUCAGAUGACAAAAAUGGGAACAAUAGCAAGACUUCCCCAAAGAAAAAAAAGAUUACAUCCAAGAAGGAUGAUGAUAAAAAGGCUAUUGUUGCAGUAGAUAAUGAUGUGGCACUAGAUGAAGACGACGAGCACACUCCUAUAACUGUGCGUAAACCCAGACAAAAUAGUGAGACUAUGAAAAAGGAUCUAGUGAUUCCGAAAGAAAUAAAGAAGGAUAUUAAAAUUGUUCAUCAAAAGAAAAAAUUGGAUAAUAAAAAUGAGGAUACGGAGCUCGAGGAUCUUAAGAAGAGAUUUGCUGCCCUGCGUAGAUAG